AACUUAUCUCAAAACUCUGGUUCUUUCUGUGGAUUGAACACCAAUAUCAAGGGUGGAAUAUCUGUAGAAAGUCCACUGGGAUACUCAGAUGGUGGAAUGGAGAUGUGGAACACCACCAUACAGGAAGACAGCUCCUCUGCAAUGACGACUCCAGAAGCACCUGAAAAUGGAAAGGACCUUAGUCACAUGGAUUCAGUGGAUGCCACUGACACUGUCGGGACACAUGCCAACAAAAAGGAAGAAGAAGACAAUUUAGAAGAGAAGAGUGAUCCAUGUGAAGCAUUUAAGCAGACGCCUGAAGUUGUGAAAAUAGUCAUCGAGGCUGCAGAGGGCACAAUGCCGAGUGAAGAAACAGAGGGCAUUGAUGUACAAGGUGCUCAGAGUCGCAAGAACUCUGCAGAAGAUGACGAUGACACAUCCACCUAUGAGGGCACUGACGUGUGGCAGUUACCCAUCUGUGGCAUGGUGACCUCCACCUCUGAAUAUGACAACGUAGGAGCAGAUACAUGGAGCCUGGCAUCCUCCCCUGACACCUCUGGCUGCCCUGUAGCAGACAUGAUACAGCUUGAGGAGCAGUCUAGCCCUUUUAUAGCUGUGAGCAAACCCAUUCUGACAGAUCAGAGAGUAGAUAUCACAAAUAAAGAACAGCUAGACGACCAAGUGUUUCUGUUUGAGGCAGCCAGUGAGAUGGGUGGCCGAAGCAGAGAAGGAUCAGAGGAGACUGAGUGGAUAGAGCAACCCAGAGAUCAUUCCCCAUUUCUUCUGGUCAACUGCUCCACUGGCACUCGGCAAAUUUCACAGUAUCCAGAGGAAGCUGCUGAACCACAAAUCCAGGCUGACCAAAAAUUAUUCCCAGCCUAUGUGACGACCAAUGAAGGUGAGCAUGCCACUGAAAGUCCGGUGGGAGCUACAGAUGAGAGCAGUAGACAUGUAGAUGGAAAAACAACAGAAACUGUAUCUCUGAGCUCAAGUCCUGGUGGCGAGAAGGACCUACUGGAAAACCCAGACAGUGCUCGCACAGAUAGUCCAGAUGAACUUGGCCUAGAAAUGGAAUACAUCAUCGUAUCUGGCACGGUAAAAGAAGAUACAAGAGAGUGCCAUGACAGACCUAAACGGAGUGAAAGGCAAUCAAAGGCAACAAAAAAGUCCCUGGAGACAUUUAACAUGCUGUCAUAUGCAGCCUCGGUACUGCAACUACAGGCCCAAGCUGCAAAACAAAAUUAUGACAAAGAAACACUGCCAAGUAAGCUACACCAAGUCAGAGGAACUGACAGUGCUCCCAAUGCAGACAAAAAACAACCUGUCGAAUCAACUCCCUAUGAAGCAACUCGUGAUAGUGCAACUGACUGUCACGUGGUUCCAGAAAUUAUCAGUCCCAGCCAAUCGAAAAAUGACUCAGAAGCUUUUCAUCAGUCUGAUUCAAGACCAACAAGCUCCAGUCAGUCAGAAGGAAAUUAUGACAGUGAGUCAAACAUUGUGCCCCGCAGUGUGUCUCCAUCAUUAAGAUAUCCAUCAGAUCACUUCUUGAAAACCAGAGAGGAGGUUUAUGUCCACUCACAGAUCUCAAUGGAAGAUUCAGACGAAGGCGGGGAGACGCCACCCGCUCCUUCUCCAUGUCCUGCUUCCUUGGGUGACUUCCAAGUCUGGGGGGCUCAGUUAAGGAGAGAGGACACAUCCCAAACCACGUCGGAGCCACAAUCCCCUGUGCUUACCAACAGUUCGGCCUCUCAUGCCAGCUCUCUGAUUGGCACCCCAGUAAAUGAAACAUGUGUUUCCACUGACAAAAGUCUAGGAUUACCAUUUUCUGGAGAUUUAAUGGAAGAGGAAAAUGACAAUGAGGAACAGGAUGAGGAAACCGACACACUAGAGAACGCUGUCCUUCCAAAAUGGACUUCAGAAGUGCAAAGAGAGAGGGAAGAAAGACAAGAGUUUGCAUCUUCAGACCUGCUGAGCUUUAGUGAUGACCUAAUUGGAGGGUCUUCAUUUCAGCAAGCAGGAUUACAAACACAUGAGCCAAAAAGAGAUGGGUUUCCACUGAGCAGAGUGGAUUACUGUGAUGGACGACCUAUAAGGACUGAAGAUUGGGAUAAAUGGUCUAUUGAACAACAGCCUGGAGACACUGGAGCUUCACAAGAUAAUUAUUUACCUGAUUUAAGAAGAUGCCAAGACAUAACAUCACAACUGUCGUCCCACCCUGCUCAAGAAAAUGCUGCAUACCAGUGGUCCGGACAACAGAACACAACUCAGGGUCAAACCCAGUAUGGCUAUAACUAUCAUCACAUCGAUCAAAGAACUGAAAACCAGUGCACCUAUCCAGCCUUUGUAGAGAGCAAAUCCAGCCGACAGCAGGAUGCCACUGACGUCUAUGCCGAGUUUACAACUGAUGCCACGGUUACAAAAUACAGAUACGAGCAGACUGAGAACUAUUUUGAAGCUGGAGAUAAAUCUCCAAACCACUUGGGUGACACACACUUCAGGUGUCAGGACACAGCUGAAAGUCAGUAUAUAGUUGCCUCCACCUCUUUGUGCACUUCUGACUUCCAAUACUCUCAGUAUCCAGCUAACAGCCAGGGUCAGUAUGAGUCUCAGUCAGACCAUGCUCAUUAUCAGUCUGAAGGGAAGCCUUUCUAUCAAUCAGAUGUCCACACUGAGACAGAGGAUCACGCACGGUAUGUGCUGGAGGGAUAUGUUCAUUUUCCCCUGUCAAGACACUCCCAAAAGGAAGUUGGUGCAGCUGGGAUGAUGAUGAAGAUAGCAUCCGAUGAAGACGCUACAGAUGACAUGGAAAACAAAGAAGACCAGCCCUCCUCAGCUGAUAUAUCUGGCGGGUCCAAUCAAAGGAGAAAGCUGGCAGCUCCACCAAUGAACGUGUCCCUGGAACACAGUGAGGGGUCUCUUCUUUCAGAAGACACCCUGGAUACAGAGGAUGACGGCUUGGAUACUGGGGAUGACCUGGAUGUCAAUUUAGAUGAGUUGGACACACCUGACGAGGCCGACUCACUGGAAUUUAAUAAACAUGGGGACUCAGAGGAGUCCGUUUUGGGUGCCGGAGCAGCAUCAAGAGAUCCAGGCCACAGAGCAGCAGAGGAAAGCAGGCUGUGGAGGAGCGUGGUGAUCGGAGAGCAGGAGCACCGCAUUGAUAUGAAGUGCAUUGAACCCUACAAAAGAGUCAUUUCUCAUGGAGGUUAUUAUGCUGAACAGAAAGCCAUCAUUGUGUUUGCUGCAUGUUUCCUACCAGAGAGCAACUGUGACAAUUACAAUUAUGUCAUGGAAAACCUUUUUCUAUAUGUGAUAAGUACACUGGAAUUAAUGGUAGCUGAGGAUUACAUAAUUGUGUAUCUAAAUGGCGCCACACCUCGCAGGAGAAUGCCUGGUUUUACCUGGAUGAAAAGGUGCUACCAAAUGAUAGACAGAAGACUGAAGAAAAACCUAAAGAUGUUCAUCAUUGUUCAUCCGUCCUGGUUCAUACGGACUUUGCUAGGAAUUACCAGACCCUUCAUAAGUUCCAAGUUCAGCAGUAAGAUCAAGUAUGUGCAUAGUCUGCAGGAGCUCGGAGAAAUCAUUCCUAUGGAGUAUGUGCAUAUACCUCACAGCAUUGUCAGGUAUGACCAGGAGAGGAGUUUGAACAAAUUUGCAUGCACGAGACUGGACACAGAACUGCAGGACACAGCAGCAGAGUAAGUGAGUCAACAAGGGGAACUCUGCUGUGUGACGAGAUAAUUGGCUGCUGCCCUUCUUCUCCUCCCCAUGUUAUGCUGUACUUGAGCACAGCAUCUCUGAAUUUGAAGCCAGCCUGUAGUAUGACACAUGCUGAGCUGUUACAACAACAUGUAACUCAGAGAGGAUGAUGCUGUGGUACAAUACAUCAGGAAAAAUCUAAUUCAGAUCUGAGGGUGCCGAAUAUACAGUAAUACUGUGGUUGUGGUGCAGAGACUGUACUGUGGUGUGCUGAAGGGAAAUGCUUUAUACUAUAAUACAGUACUCUCAGCACUUGAUUAUGUUCCCCGGUUGUUUUCUUUUACUUCAACUUUUUUUUUUUACCAUGCAACUUAUAUUAUAGAUUGCCUUUAAGGGUACUUGUUAUUGGCUUGUAACAUACAUGUAUUAACAGCAAUCAUGUAUUGAUAAUUAACUCUGGGUUAUUAUAGUAGCGUAUUUUCAAAAGCCACAGUGAUGUUUUUGAGUAGUACUAGCAUCCCAUCUAAAAAAGCCACAAAAUGAGGCGAAGGCACAGUAAGCUUACAGGAGAUGUAAUUUAGUUUAAAGACAUUUAUUGAAGUAUUUUCAAAUUAAAUUAUGUCACAGUAGGUAAAACGAAGCUAACGCAGCAGUCUGUGUUAGACACUGGAUCUGCGAUCUGGCACGGGAUGCCACUUACUAAUCAACAUUCAGUAUACAUGAAGUAUUUGUCUUUAUACAUGUAGUCCUAAAAUGAGUAGAAAACAUGAAUUCUGCAUGUUAUUUCAAUUAAUGCUUCAAAAUCCCGUCUGUUUGCUAACAUUUUUGUUUGCACACAUAAAUCCCUUCUGUCCACACUGACAGGAAAUAGAACAGCCAACCCGAUUUGAAAUGGUUUUCAAAGGUCUGGGCCACUCCUUUUAAAGCAAGGAUUGACAUUAUGUCAACAUCUCAUUUAGCACCUCAGUCAAUCUUUGAAAUGUUGAUAUGAAAUGUUUACAAGGCUUUCACCCUUUGUGUCACUGUGAGAAUAGAGUACAAGAGCUGUUCUGUAGCAGAAGUUGUGUGUUGCAUGCUUUUAGUUUGAAAUUACUCUGACACACGCACACACACCCAAAAGCAGAGCACUGUGCUGGUACAGUACAUUUCUAUUUGUGUGUGUGUGUGUGUGUGUGUGUGUGUGUGUGUGUGUGUGUGUGUGUGUGUGUGAGAUAGAUAUUCUUGGGUGCUGGUGAGGAAAUACCGUGUAUAUUAUUUAAUGAGAUACUUUGUAGAAAGUGUCCACUGUGCAAGUUAGGCCAUAUUGCUUUAUUUAUUGUACAUGUUUGUUUAUUUGUGGCUUGCAUGGUACUCAUGUGUUGUAAAAUAUGUAAAAUUACUUA